AUGAACACGAACAGAAAGAAGCGAGAAACAAGUACGUGCAAUGGUGAAAACAAUGAUGGAGGAGAUUUGUUCACAAUUCAACUAUCGGCUGGUAAUUCUAAAAUAUGUACCACAUCAAGAUGUCGACAAAUUGCCACCGACAAACUUAUGUCACAGAUUAAGACAAUAUUUCAAUCAUUGACAAUACCAGCUACACUAACAAAUGGUACAACAACUUCUAUUUCAUUGACAAUGUGUUCGGCAACAACAAUCACUCGUGCACAGCUAAAAUCAGCACCAUCGUGUUCUGAUGGAAAUAAAAAUCAAGAUGAAACAAGUAUUGAUUGCGGUGGCACUAUAUGUGCAGCUCGAUGUGGUUUGAGUCAAGCUUGCACAGCUAACUCGGACUGUGCAAAUGGAAACUGCCAUCAAACACUGAAAAUGUGUCAAGCGUCAUCGUGUUCUGAUGGAAAUCAAAAUCAGGACGAAAGUGGUUCUGAUUGUGGUGGUAUUGUAUGUACAGCUCGAUGUGGUUUAAAUCAAACUUGUGCCAAGAAUGCAGAUUGUACAAAUGGAAACUGUCAUCAAACAAAACAAACAUGUCAAGAGCCAUCUUGCACUGAUGGAAAUAAGAAUCAAGAUGAAGUUAAUAUUGAUUGUGGUGGUGCAACUUGCUCAAAUCGAUGUGGCAUAAAUCAAGCUUGCUUAGUUAAUUCGGAUUUACCAUCUUGUUGUGAUGGAAAUACGAAUCAGGAUGAAAGUGGUCCUGAUUGUGGUGGUCAAAUAUGUUACCGACGAUGUAGUAUCAAUACUACUUGCUCUAUAAACUCAGAUUGUAUAACUGGCAAUUGUCAUAAAUGGUGGAAAACAUGUCAAGUACCAUCUUGUUCUGAUGGAAAUAAGAAUCUGGAUGAAACAGGUAUUGAUUGCGGUGGUAGUACAUGUGAAAUGCGAUGCGGUAUCGGUUCCAGUUGUUCACAGAACUCGGAUUGUGCCAAUGGUAAUUGUCACUACACACAAAAAACAUGUCAAGCGCCAUCUUGUCCCGAUGGAAACAAGAAUGAUGGAGAAUCCGAUGUUGAUUGUGGUGGCUCAUCAUGUAACCUCUUAUGUAAUAUCGGUCAAACUUGCAAUAUAAACUCGGACUGUCAAAAUGGAAAUUGUCAUCAACUACUCAAAAUAUGUGCAGCACCAUCGUGUUCUGAUGGAAAUACGAAUCAAGAUGAAUCUGCGAUUGAUUGUGGUGGCAACAUAUGUACAGCUCGAUGUGGUUUGAAUCAACCUUGUUUAACUAACUCUGAUUGUGCCAAUGGCAAUUGCCAUAAUACAUUGAAAACAUGUCAAGAGCCAUCGUGUGAUGAUGGAAAUAAAAAUCAGCAAGAAACAGAUGUAGAUUGUGGCGGUAGUCCAUGUACCGCUAAAUGUGGUAUCGGAAGUGUUUGUUCACAAAACAGUGAUUGUGCCAAUGGUAAUUGUCAUCAUACAAGCAUGACAUGUCAAAAUCCAUCUUGUGACGAUGGAAAUAUAAAUGAAUUAGAAGGUGAUAUUGAUUGUGGUGGUCCUUGUAUUACCAAAUGUUCGAUCCAUAGCACUUGCUUAGUGAACGCAGAUUGCGCAAAUGGUAAUUGUCAUCAUACAAGCAAGACAUGUGAACUUCCAUCUUGUGAUGAUGGAAAUACAAAUCAGCAAGAAACUGGUGUAGAUUGCGGUGGUAGUCCAUGUACCGCUAGAUGUAGUAUCGGAAGUGUUUGUUCACAAAACAGUGAUUGUGCCAAUGGUAAUUGUCAUCAUACAAGCAUGACAUGUCAACCUUAUUCUUGUGACGAUGGCAAUACGAAUGAGGGCGAAACAGAUAUUGAUUGUGGCGGUCCUUGUUCUACGAAAUGUCCUCUUGGUGAAGCUUGUUCAGUUAAUUCAGAUUGUGCCAAUGGUAAUUGUCAUCAUACAAGCAAAACAUGUCAAAAUCCAUCUUGUAAUGACGGAAAUAUUAAUCAGGGCGAAUCUUCUAUUGAUUGUGGUGGUCCAGUAUGUGGUGCUACAUGUGCUCUCGGAAAUACAUGCUCAAGCAACCAAGAUUGUGCCAAUGGUAAUUGUCAUCAUACAAAACUCACAUGCGAAUUACCAUCUUGUGAUGAUGGUAAUAAAAAUGAACAAGAAGGUGAUAUAGAUUGUGGUGGUCCUUGUGCUGUUAAAUGUGGUCUUUAUUCUACCUGUUUGGUCAACACAGAUUGUGCCAAUGGCAAUUGUCAUCACACAUUAUUGACAUGUGAACUUCCAUCAUGUGAUGAUGGAAAUACAAAUCAGCAAGAAACUGAUGUAGAUUGCGGUGGUAGUCCAUGUACUGCCAGAUGUAAUGUUGGUGAAGCUUGUCAAAGUAACUCCGAUUGUACCAAUGGUAAUUGUCAUGCCACAGCAAAAAUAUGCGACAGUCCAGAAUGUAGUGAUGGUAAUAAAAAUAAUCAAGAAACCGAUGUCGAUUGCGGUGGUACAUGCGCUGCAAAAUGUGAUCUCAAUAAAGGUUGCUUAGUUAAUGCAGAUUGUAGUAAUGGCAAUUGUCAUCAUACAUUGAACACAUGUCAACCUCCAUCUUGCGAUGAUGGAAAUAAGAAUCAAGGCGAAACUGACAUUGAUUGCGGCGGUCCCUGUGGUGCUACUUGUAUUUUGAGUGAAACGUGCUCGGUAAACGGAGAUUGUGUCAACGGCAAUUGUCAUAAAACACUGAAGCGAUGUCUAGAUCCAUCUUGUGACGAUGGCAAUACGAAUCACGGCGAAAGUGAUGUUGAUUGUGGUGGUCCUUGUCCUACACAAUGUCCUCUUGGUCAAGUUUGUUCAACUAAUUCAGAUUGUGCCAAUGGCAAUUGUCAUACAACAUUAAAGAUAUGUAGUGCUGAAUCUUGUGAUGACGGCAAUAAGAAUCAGCAAGAGACUGACGUUGAUUGUGGUGGUAGCCCAUGUUCUGCUAGAUGUGCUCUCACUAAAACUUGUGUAGCGAACACAGAUUGUAUCAACAACAACUGUCACACCACAUUACAUACAUGUCAAGAUCCAUCUUGUAAUGAUGGAAAUUUGAAUCAAUUAGAAACGGAUGUUGAUUGCGGUGGUACAUCUUGUGGUAGUACAUGUGCUAUUGGGAAACAAUGUUUAGUCAAUACAGAUUGUGCCAAUGGCAACUGUCAUACCACAUUGAAAACUUGUCAACCUCCAUCCUGUAAUGAUGGAAACAAGAAUCAAAAUGAAGGUGAUGUCGAUUGCGGUACACCGUGUACUACCAAAUGUAGUCUUGGCAGCACAUGCUUAGUCAAUGCAGAUUGUGCAAAUGGUAAUUGUGAUACAACACAAAAGAAAUGUGUCGACCCAUCUUGUUUUGAUGGAAACAAAAAUCAAGCAGAAACUGACAUUGAUUGUGCUGGCCCUUGUGUUCUUAAAUGUGGUCUUGGUCAAAGCUGUUCACAGAAUUCAGAUUGUAGCAACAGUAACUGUCAUACAACAUUACACACAUGUCAAAAUCCAUCUUGUAAUGAUGGAAAUUUAAAUCAAUUAGAAAGUGAUGUUGAUUGUGGUGGUACAUCAUGUGGUAGUACAUGUGCUAUUGGGAAACAAUGUUUAGUCAAUACAGAUUGUGCCAACGGCAAUUGUGAUCACACAUCGAAAACUUGUCAAGCUCCAUCUUGUACUGAUGGAAACAAGAAUCAGAAUGAAGGUGAUAUAGAUUGCGGUACACCAUGCACUACCAAAUGUAGUCUUGGCAGCACAUGUUUAGUCAAUGCAGAUUGUGCUAAUGGCAAUUGUGAUCACACAUCGAAAACUUGCCAAGCGCCAUCGUGUACUGAUGGUAAUCAGAAUGAAGGAGAAAUUGAUAUUGACUGUUCUGGUCCUUGUGCUACAAAAUGUGGUCUCAAUCAAAUUUGUGCGGCUAACUCGGAUUGUGCUAACGGCAACUGUGAUACAACAUUAAAGAAAUGCGUUGCUCCAUCUUGCACUGAUGGAAAUAAGAACCAAAAUGAAGGUGAUGUUGAUUGUGGCGGUUCUUGUUCAACCAAAUGUGGCCUCUCUCAAAGUUGCUCAGUAAAUACAGAUUGUGCUAAUGGUAAUUGUCAUACAACUGCGAAGACGUGUCAAGCUCCAUCUUGUGCUGAUGGAAAUAAGAAUGAGGGCGAAGGUGAUAUCGAUUGUGGUGGUCCUUGUUCAACCAAAUGUGGCCUCACUCAGACGUGCGCAACAAAUGCAGAUUGUGCUAAUGGCAAUUGUCAUACAACACAGAAGACUUGUCAAGCGCCAUCUUGUACGGAUGGUAAUCAGAAUGAAGGAGAAAUUGAUAUUGACUGUUCUGGUCCUUGUGCUACAAAAUGUAAUCUCAAUCAAAUUUGUGCGGCUAACUCAGAUUGUGCUAACGGCAACUGUGAUACAACAUUAAAGAAAUGCGUUGUUCCAUCUUGCACUGAUGGAAAUAAGAACCAAAAUGAAGGUGAUAUUGAUUGUGGUGGUUCCUGUACAGUUAAAUGUGCUCUCUCUCAAAGUUGCUCAGUAAAUACAGAUUGUGCUAAUGGUAAUUGUCAUACAACUGCGAAGACGUGUCAAACUCCAUCUUGUAGUGAUGGAAAUAAGAACCAAGACGAAACAGAUAUAGAUUGUGGUGGUGUGUGUGGUGCUACGUGUGCAUUGAAUAAAGUAUGCGCAAAAAAUGGAGAUUGCACCAACGGCAAUUGUCAUACAACACAGAAGAAAUGUUUAGAUCCAUCUUGUGGUGAUGGAAAUGAAAAUGAAGGAGAAGGUGAUAUCGAUUGUGGCGGUCCUUGUCCAACCAAAUGUGGUCUCACUCAGACAUGCUCAACAAAUGCAGAUUGUGCUAAUGGCAAUUGUCAUACAACACUCAAGACUUGUCAAGCUCCAUCUUGUAGUGAUGGAAAUAAGAACCAAGACGAAACAGACAUUGAUUGUGGUGGGACGUGUGGUGCUACAUGUGCAUUGAACAAAGUAUGUGCAAAAAAUGGAGAUUGCACCAACGGCAAUUGUCAUAAAACACAGUUGAAAUGUUUAGCUCCAUCAUGUAACGAUGGAUAUAAGAAUCAAAAUGAACCUGACGUUGACUGUGGUGGCGUGUGUGGUGCAACAUGUGUUAUUCUGCAAGCCUGCUUAGUAAAUGGAGAUUGUGCCAACAGCAACUGUCACACAACAUUAAAGACAUGUCAAACUCCAUCUUGUAGUGAUGGUAAUCAAAACGAAGGAGAAAGUGAUAUCGAUUGUGGUGGUGUGUGCGGUGCUACGUGUGCAUUGAACAAAGGAUGUACAAAUAAUGGAGACUGUGCCAACGGCAAUUGUCAUACAACAUUACACACAUGUCAAGUUCCAUCUUGUGGUGAUGGAAAUAAGAACCAAGACGAAACAGACAUUGAUUGUGGUGGGACGUGUGGUGCUACAUGUGCAUUGAACAAAGUAUGUGCAAAAAAUGGAGAUUGCACCAACGGCAAUUGUCAUAAAACACAGUUGAAAUGUUUAGCUCCAUCUUGUGACGAUGGGUAUAAAAACCAAAAUGAACCUGACGUUGACUGUGGUGGUGUGUGUGGUGCAACAUGUGUUAUUCCGCAAGCUUGCUCAAUAAAUGGAGAUUGUGCCAACAGCAACUGUCACACAACAACGAAGAAAUGUGCAACGGCUACUUGUUCUGAUGGAUAUAAGAAUCAAGGCGAAUCCGAUACAGAUUGUGGUGGUGGCUGUAACGGAUGUGCUUUGAAUCAAGCUUGCACUUACAAUUCAGAUUGUGCUAACGGCAAUUGUCACAAAUCAUUGAACACGUGUCAACCUCCAUCGUGUGGUGAUGGCAAUUUUAACAAUGGCGAAAUUGAUACUGAUUGUGGUCAUACAGUUUGUUCAAAUACAUGCGCUAAAGACAACAAAUGUCAAUCCGACUUAGAUUGUGGCACUAAUCUAUUUUGCAGUACAACGCAUAAAAUAUGUCAAUGUCAUGGAAUUAUUCGAUUUGCAAACUACUACCAAGAUCAUAUGGUCUUGCAACGUGCUCCGCAGCGUGCUGUCGUUUGGGGCUAUGGUGACACGAAUGCUGUCACAAUAUUAUCGAUAAAUAAUAAAUUCUAUCAUACAAUCAGUGGUCCUGUUGCAGUGAAUAAAUUGGGUGAAAGCAUCUGGUCAACAACACUCGAUGCUGAAACUGAAGAAGGUCCUUUUGAAGUAAUUGUUACUCAACCAGUAGCAAAUGGUUCAGUGGUAUUGAUUUCACUCAACGACGUACUCUUCGGUGAUGUUUGGAUUUGUUCAGAGAAAAUUGCUCAAGCUGCUAAUUAUCCCAAGACGCGUUUAUUUACUGCUUCUCUUCGAUCGUCCCCUACACCAGUCGAAGAACUUCUUCAAAUCACACAAUCAUGGUCCGUAGCAGGUCCAAGCAGUGUUGGUGGUCCAUCGUAUGAUUCAUGUUGGCUUGGGUGGUCGACCGAUUGGACUCAUCGCAACAUCUUGGAGAGGAAGGAAAAAGUGGCCAUAGAACCAUAUGGUCAACCACAAUUUGGUAUCAAGGUGAAUCGAAUGCUGGUCACAAUCGAGACAAGUAUGUGUGCACAUUCUCGAAAAUGA